AUGGCUCCCUCCACAUGGGUUGUGAUCGGAGCUUCUCGCGGUAUCGGUCUCGAGCUCGUCCGUCAAUUGCUCGAUCAGGGAAAUCAGGUCAUCGCGGCCGUACGCAGCCCGGCCACGGCAAACCACAUCUGGCAGUUGGCCGCGAAACAAACCAGGCCCGCAGCCUGUCUUAUUGAACAGUGCGACGUCACUGAUGAGUCGAGCAUCGAUGCAUUUGUGAGUGCCAUGGGGAGGCUGGUCGCCAAGGGCAUGAGGCUCGACAACAUCGUUUUGAACGCUGGAAUGUUGAAAUAUCCCAAUAGGGCGACCGAUAUGUACGAUCCCAGAACGCCUCGAGAACACCUAUUGCACCUAAAAUCCUUUACCGACUUUGCACUGCAUCUACAUACGAACACUAUUGGGCCUAUUAUCAUUGCACAGAAAUUGCUUAACCUGAACAGCGCCGUACCCCCGUCCAAGGUGAUUUUCAUUUCCUCCGACUCUGGAUCCACGUCAUUGUUUCGGGACCACGAGGAUGGAUUUGGCGCGUAUUCGGCCAGUAAGGCUGCAUUGAACCAGAUGCUCAGACAUAUGGCUGCCGAGCUCAAGAGAAAGGGGGGAAAGUACGAAGAUGUCUGCGUCUUGGCCAUGCACCCCGGUGAAGUUCAGACGGACAUGGCGAACAUCAACGUGGACUGGGAAGUAGAAGGAAUCAUUACCCCUGAAGAGAGCGUGACACAGAUGUUGCAGGUGAUAGCAGAGAAAGGGAAAGAUGAUAGCGGGACCUUCUGGAGCAUCCUUGGUGAGGGUUCGAAGGUCCUUGUGCGCAAUGAGUACCAGCAACAGGAGCACAAAGUAUGCACUUCCUACAAUUAG